UCCUCCUAAGGUUAAUCAAAAUCUGAAAUCUUCGGCUCGCCCGAAAAUUACUUCCGAUCUCAUAGCUGACGAGCUCUCCACCGCCGCCGCCGCCGCCGCCUUAUCUUUCCGAUUCUCAUAUUCGGGAUUUUGGUGAAAUGGAGACAACACAGCAGUCAAAUAUGCUUCCCGAAGUUGAUUCCCUGCCCGAUGGAUUUGUGGAUGGUGCUGUGGAACCGUCCAAUACUCGGCAGCAGGAGAAGCAUAUUAAUGGGGCUAAGGAAGAAGAUUGUAUCACCGACUCUGAUACAAAAACUCGUGAGAUUCCGAGUGACGCAGACCCUAGUUGUGCGUCUGAGAAAACAGAGAAACCGAGGACUUUUCCUGUUCCAUUGUGUGAAACUGAUGGUAACGAUGGGGCAGAGGACCUGAUUAAGGUGUUGACCAAGCUCAACGUAGAGCCGAAAGAAGAUCCUCCUGUUCAAUCGAAUUGCCAAACAUUAUCGCAAGGACCAGAUGCAAGUCCACCCUUGUCGAAAGAAGAGGCUUCAUCCGAGACAAUGGAUUCAGUCAAACCCAGAAAACAAGAAGCAACUGAGACAAAGCGUAAGGGUUCAAAGAAUACCUUCAAAACAGAAAAAGAAUUUCUGGAAUUCAUGCUGAAGUACCAACAAGUCCUAUCCGAGCGAGAUUCUGCUAUUGCUGUUCGGGAAAAGCUCGAAUCACUGUGUAGGGAGUUGCAACGCCAGAACAAAAUGUUGAUGGACGAAUGCAAACAUGUGUCAACUGAGGGACAAAGCUUAAGACUCGAAUUAUCAACGAAAUUCCAGGAUGCAAUAAAGGAUGUAAGCGUUAGGCUGGACGAACAGAAGAAUGAAUGUCUCUCACAGCUGAAGGAAAAUGAGAUGUUGAGGACAAAAUUGACGCAGCUAGCUGAUCAAUAUACCCGUUCGGAACAGCAAUAUGAAACAAAAUUGAAGCAGAAAACACUUGAGCUACAGAUUGCCGAAGUAAAAAUCAAACAGCACGAGGAAAAACUGAUCCACGAAAAAUCUGAGAUGAAAGUGUAUGCGGAACAGGUCUCACAGCUCUUGGCAACUGAGAAAAAUUUGCGGUUGCAACUUACGGCAGACGGAGAAAAAUUCCAGCAGUUCCAGGAUGCUUUGGUGAAGAGCAAUGAGGUGUUUGAAACAUUUAAACAAGAGAUCGAGAAGAUGUCAAAAUCCAUCAAAGAGCUUAGAAAAGAAAACGCAUUCUUGAAGAGCAAAUGUGAGAAGUCGGAUGUUACUCUGAUUGAACUCGUUGAAGAGCGUGAAAGAUUGAAGAAACAGUUGGAAAAGACAAAGAACCAGAAAGAGAAGCUUGAGUCACUCUGCCGAUCCCUUCAAGCGGAAAGGAAGCAGAAAGAAAGUACAGGUUGCGGCACGCCUCAACCUGAGGCGGAGUAGAUCCGGUCUCCAUUCCACCUCUAAAGCUAAGGCGGGCUUUUCUCCCUCUCCCCGGUCAGUUUUGUCGGAUGAUGUCCUUGAAAUGUCUCCGUCUCUAUCUAAACCAUGGUUUGAGAAAACAGACAAGGGGUAACGGUGAUAAUUCAAAGAUUCAGAAACAGCUCAACGGGAAGCUUUUUCCCAGUCGCCGAAAGGCCUUUUUUUUAUGGUAGUAAAUGAAAGGUAUCGUAUCUAUCGUGGCCGGGAUUCUCUGCCAUUAGCUAUA